AUGGGUGACGAUUUUGGCGGUUCCGAUCAGGGCUUUCUUCAGUCCGGUGGGGGAGUGCUAUCCGACUUCGCAGAGGAUGAAGAUGAUGACGAUGACGGUGACGAUGAGGAUGAUGACAUUGACUACGAUGAUUCGGAUGAUGAAGAUUGGAGCGAGCAUAUGGAAUCCUCCAAGCGUUUCCGUGAGGAUAAUCGUGGCCGUGUCCAAACUAGGGGUCUUCCGCACAAGCCUUCCAAUUCUAGCCUUAAUUGGCGUCCCCGCAAAAGCGCUAACGGUGGAAGAAACUCUCGUAGACCUCAUAAGCUCACGUCGCAUCAAUCUCUGAAUAGUUUCUCGGAGCAUGGCGGGGGUGGUGUUGGCGUCAAUGGGAACGAAAACGGUAUCUCGGCUCUCCGCCGCCAGGCAUUGCUGCGUCGUGGGGAUGCCGAUGGGGGAAGGGCGGCGUUAGAAUCAAAGUCUGAGCCUCCGCGCCAGUGUCUUGGCCCCGGCUGUACUCGACCUGCUGCCCAUUCUGCCACCAAGUAUUGCUCAAAACAGUGUGGUCUUAUCCUGGCGCUCAAACGCUUGGAACGGUUUUUGCCUGGAGCUCGAGCUGCCUGGUACUCCGAUGCCUCAGGCGUUGUUCUCAACUCCUUUGCUGAUCGUGCGGAUCGAGCACGAUUGAAGGAGGUGCGUGCCGAACAAAUGGCCAUUCAUAAUCGCCUGAUUGAGCUGGAGAAUCGACAUCAGCAACUCAACCAACUCAUUGCACGAGCACAGGAGUAUAAAAACCGUCUCACACCCGCUCAAAUUGCUGCUUCAACCACUGCCGAUUUGGCAGACAUUGAUCAAGCCGAGCCGGUUGUCUGUGUUACCUGCUCUACGGAGGUAAACAUGCGUCAUGCUCUUAGACACAUGGAGAAGUGCUUCCAGAAGAUGGAAAGUGCGUCGUUACUUUGCUCUAACCAACGCGAACAGUCACGUGGGACACCGCUCUUCUGCGAUGCCUACGAUUCACAUGCAAAGGCCUACUGCAAGCGUCUACGUGCCGUCUGUGAGCACGUUAAGGAACCCAAGUAUCCUCCGGAUGCUAUUUGCGGUUUCCCUUUGGUGGAGGACGUCUUCACCCCAACCGACCGUUUUUGUUGCACUACCCGACAAAAAUGCACCCACCAUGUGGGUUGGGAAAGGAAGAAACGAGGUCACAUCGAUGUGGAGCGCUACCGACAGCUGAUCCGUUUGGACGAACUCCUACAGGAGGAAGCCCGACUGCAACGAUCUCUCUCUCAGCGCGCCGGAAUCCUCGGCAUGAUACUUAAUCGCACAGUUGACGAAGAGGAGAGGCGACAAAGGCAGGAGACGAAGUGUUUUGUUAAAUAA